AUGCUGCUUCAUCCCGGUUCACUGGCCAUUUAUGGCACACUUUCAAUACUUAUUGCAGAAAUACCAUCUCAAUGUUCUGGUGCAAGCUUGUCAAAGCGCAGUCCCAACCUUGAGGGAAUUUAUUCUAUGUUCAAAGGAGAAGAAGGUUCAAUGAAAUCGAUACAUCAAAUCCUUGGCGAAAAAAUGGGUGCAGAUCCAAAUAACCCUGAGAAGGUUUAUCAAAGUACGGUUAAAAUUAAGGCCAUAAGAAACGUUGCAAAGGAAAAAUUAGGAGUGGCCCCCAAAGUCACAGAUGUAGGUGCAAAGUAUCUUCAAAAAAUUGUUGAGGGUGAUCAUGAGGGAGCCAAGAGGACUUUAGAGAAGUUUCCAAGAGCAGGAUUAUAUGAUGCAUUUCGGGGAAUUUCCCAACUGAAUUGGUAA